AUGGAUGAAAUGGGGUCAUUAAGCGGUGUCGUGCUCUGGGUCGGCUCGAUGUCGGGGCUCUUUGCUAUUACUUGCUCCAUUGUAAACAAUUUUACCCGCUACCCCCAGUACAGCUUCGUACUCGACUAUGACGACUUUUUCGCGGGAGACGCCACCGGAAGUUACCCUUUUACCGGGCUCACCCUCCAAAUGAAUGCCUGUCUCAUCGCGGGGCUGCUCGGCUUGGAGGCGAUUUUCGUGGGCGGUUUCCUGAUCGGGCACUCGUUCUGGAUGCUUGAUGGCCAUGUUCGGCUGAGCGCCCAAACGAGACGGCUGCAGCUGAAAUUAAUGAAGGGGCUGAUCCUUCAGUUGGCAAUUCCGUACUUGACGCUCCUCUUUCCGUGGGGUCUAUUUGCCGCGGUGCAAGUCGGUGAUUGGAUUGUUGAUCCAGGCCUUCUAAAUUUUGCCUUUUGGUUCAACAGCUGCCAUGGAACAAUAUCAUCGAUUACAAUAUUACUAUUUACGGACCCGUAUCGAAAAUAUCUAUUAAAAACGCUGGGAUACGGAACAACCCAACCCAACGUGAAAACGAUGAGCGUCGCGCAAACGACGAUAGUCGUGACCCGCUGGAACCAUGCGCAUCGGAAAUCUGCA